AUGCAGCGCCCGUCUCAAAUCGACAGCGGCGUCUCGGGAGCCGCUGGCCCGAUCCUGAGGAGCGAUGAUCUCGACGCCUCCCUCGCGGCGCCCUCACAAAGUGCUCCCUUUGACGUCACCGAGGCCAAGAGCAGCCUCAGCAUUCCCUUGGACAACGCCGACACAAAUGGCGAAGCCUACCAGCCGGCCCUACACGCGACGCCUGAAAUCCCCGACAGCCAUCGGAUUGGCGACAGCCAGGUCGCACCGCCAGAUAUGCCACGACAUCAGCGAGACCAACUGCAACCACAGCAGCAGCAACCGCUGGCGGCGCCACCAGACGGCCACGUACCACAAAACGACGGGGCGGUCGACACGCAGCCACACGAGGCGAAUGGGACCCACGUCUUGCGUCCGGAGACGAGCGAGUUGGAUCGUCGGCAAGAGCUGCAACUACCGCAGGAGCUAGGUCCCCUGCCGCCGGCAGACUCUGAAGCCGCGAAGGAACGCCCAAGUCCCGCGUACUGCGAGAUCCGGCCGUGUCUUCCGGAGAGUAGCGCGGCGGUGGAACAAGAUGCUGCCGACGAAGCCGUUUUCCACAGCGCACCGAGCUCCCCUGCUUCCGUUGAAGAGAGCUGCACGGGGAGGAGGCCGGAAUCGUUGCUCCUCUCUCCGCUGACACACCCCAACGGCCAGUCAAUGUUCCCGUCCUUGUCGACCUUUGAGCAGGAGGAGAUGGCCCGAGAAGCAUUGUCUCAGGCCGAGGCCUCCAUCGUGGCGGAGAGCCUCGAUGCUUCCUCAAUACCGGACGACGGGACGGACGGCGGCUACGACAGCGACGGCUUCAGCUCGGGCAGUACGUCGGCGGAGUCGUCGGUGCGAGACUACAUGUACGAGAACGGGCGGCGAUAUCAUCGCUUCCGCGAGGGCACGUACAACUUUCCGAACGAUGACGUGGAGCAGGAGAGAGAGGAUAUGAAACACGCCAUGGUCAAGCUGCUGUGCAGUCAAAAGCUUCACUUUGCACCGAUAGGCGACUAUCCGCAGGAAGUGCUUGACGUAGGCACCGGGACCGGCAUUUGGGCUAUUGAGAUGGGUGAUCAGUUCCCGAGCGCGCAUGUUCUAGGUAUCGACCUGUCACCCAUACAGCCGGACUGGCUGCCACCCAAUGUGCGGUUCCUCGUGGACGAUGUUGAGUCUCCGUGGCUUCACCCGCGGAAUCAUUUCGAUUACAUCCACUCCCGGCACACCGUCAUGGCCAUCAAGGACUGGACGAGGAUGUUCCGCCGAGCCUACGAGCAUCUUAAGCCGGGUGGUUGGAUAGAGCUCCAGGAGGUUCACCACUGCCCAAAGACGGCCAAGCCCGGCGGCAUGGUAGAUCCCCGGCAUGCGGUGGUGCAGUUCUGGGCGCGAGUGACUGAGGGACUCAACACACUAGGCGUCAACCUGGACAUGGCGGCAGGCGGGCUGCUGGCGGGCAUGAUGCGCGAGGUCGGUUUCGUCAACGUGACGGAGCGGAUAUUCCACGUGCCCAUCGGAACGUGGCCCAAGAACAAGGUGCUCAAGACGGUAGGCCUUUACUGGCGAACGAUCCUGCUCGACGGGAUACAGGCCAUUGCGCUGGGGCCGUUAACACGAGGGCUUCACUGGGACCGCGAGCAGGUCGAGCUCUUCCUCAUGGAGGUGCGACGGGCGUACCAGGACAACUCGGCGCUCAUGUACAUGCCGCUGCACAUUGUCUACGGGCAGAAGCCAGAGUACGCCAUGUGA